UAAAGUCAUAGGUACUCCAGGUUGAGUUUAGUUGCCGUUCUUAACGUGUAAUUGUCAUGAGGGUAUCAGGCAGGUUGUUCUUAUGUGGUAUUGGUGGUCUACUUGUUAUGAGUAGUUUUUUAUUUAUUGCUCAUGGGAAUGUUCACUCUGAAGCGGAUAAAAGCGAUGAUGAGGCUUCCAGCUAUGGUAAUACACCAGCGAUAAAUAAGGAACACAUUCAAGAUUUCUGUCCAGUGGGUCAGUCUUCAGAAGGGAAGGAAUGCUUUGACAAAGUGAACAUCAGGCAACAGAAGACUGAAGAGCACAGCCAACAACAGCCAACAUGCAUUCCUGUGUUCAAGCGCUUCCUCGCAAAACUUCUAAGGGAAAUUGAGAAACUUGGCCUGCCCACUUCUGUGACGGCUGAAAAGCACUACGAUGCAGAGGUGAAACUUUCCAGGCAAAUGGUGUCAGAAAUCAGGAAGAUUGUGAAUGACGAGAGCAGCUGGAAGACUGGGGCUCUGGAUGAUGCUCUCAGUCAAAUACUUAUCAAUAUUAAACUGCAUGACUAUGAGGCCUCGAAGGGGCUCUUUGAAGGCACAUUCGGUGUCGAAUUUGGCACUGUUAUUACGGUCUCUGGAAUGGCCAUGUUAUUUGUUCUCAUAAUCUGCACUGAGAUGUGGUCUGUCGUUUCCUGGUUUGUGCAGUUUAGGGGAGUGUUUGCUGUCUGCUUCGUAAUCAGUCUAGCGUGGAACUGGGUCUGUCUCUACAAGAUUGCCUUUGCCGAUCACCAAGCCGAUAUGGUGAAGAUGGAGCCUGUCAGUAAGAAAUGUACUGGCGUGAACAAAAUUGACUGGAUAGAUAAUCUCAAAGAGUGGUAUCGGACCACAUGGACUCUACAGGAUGAUCCUUGUAAGAAAUACUACCAGCUCCUGAUUGUGAAUCCAAUCCUGCUAGUGCCUCCAACCAAGGCCAUCACCAUGACCAUUGUCAGCUUUAUUACAGACCCUCUGAAGCAACUGGGACAAGGCAUUAGCGAGUUUUUCAGGGCCUUACUAAAAGACCUGCCCGUCACACUGCAGUUGCCUGUGUUUAUUUCUUUUGUGCUCUUUAUCCUGGUAUUUUUUUACAGCACGGGUCAAGCAGCUAUACACUAUGCAGUUCUUGGGCCUCUUCAAGGCAGACGUCAGGAUCCUCCACCUGGCAUCGCACAGCAGCCUGCUGCUCCUCAGUUACAGGAGCCAGAGGAACACAGAGAAGAAGAACAGGACCUGUUAGUAAGAGGAAAUGCGAACCGCGCUGCACAGCCCAGACACUAAAAGUACACUAAAGAUACUUACAAAAUUAGGUAAAUAUGUUGUUGUU